AAAAACAAUCAUGGCUGACACAGUUGAGUUGAAAAUCUGCAGAGAGCUGUUGGAUCCAAAAUUUGACGGUUAUAAGCUUUCUUUGGACAAACUGCCACUUUACAAGUCACAGUUAGACAAUGCAAUUGAAGUGGUUAGUCUCGGUGAUGACCAGUUUUCCUUUCAUCAUGCCAAAAUCUAUGGAGUCCAUAAUCACCUGUUCCUAGAUUUGUGGUCGGAACAUACAUGUAGUGUGUAUAUCAUCGACACAGACUGGGCUGUUGUCAGAUCAACAUCAAUGGGAAUGACUUUGGACACUGGAAGGAAAGUCUUACAGAUUCCAGACGCCACUAACCAGAAACUGACACCCAGGCGACUGAACCUUGUUCUGCAGUUUAUCUCCCCAGACAUGGCAGUCAUAUCAGAUGGUGCUGGCAAAUUCCACUUGGUUGAUACUGGAAACAGGGGAGACGAUUCCAGCAACUGGAAGAUUAUCUUUUCAAAAGAUCUAAUAGAUAACGGUGAGCCGUUUGUACUGGCGGAUGCCGUGACACACACUGUGGAUGAGACACACUAUGUGGAAUGUCUGUGUGUCCACGUCGAGGAAUCGACAGAGGAACAGAAGGACAGGUACAGAUCUCCAUACCUAACCAUGCUGAAAUGGAUCACAUUAACCUCAGUUGACCGUAGAUCCUGGAGCGUAGAGAGGACACGCCAGCUGAUUGGACGAAAACCAUACGACUAUGCUGCGUUUGACCACACAGGGUCAUCUGUUAUCAUAUCGGCUGCAGCAGAGUUCAAGUUUGUAUAUGACUCCUCAAAACCAAUCCAGGAGGAAGCUGCACAAGAGCCUGGGAAUGGGCAAAAUGAUGUGUUUUCACCAGGUAAACCUGCCCCAGAAUACACCUGGCACCAGGACUCUGACGAGAUUUGUGCCAUGUUCACUGUCCCCGAGGGAGUAAAGAAGGAGGACAUCUAUCUGACACUUAAAUCCGAAUACAUUGACUUUGGUAUCAAGAAUGUCAAGGCCCUUCUGAAAGGUCAGCUUCAUCGCCGAAUUGACGUUGAUGCGAGCACUUGGACCAUCAUUGGACAGAGAAUAGAGUUGACACUUGGUAAGCCACAGUUGGAGGCGUGGCCAGUCAUUGUUCAGGGAGAUGAGAGAGGAGAGAUGACCGUUGAUGAAGGACUCGUCGCACAGAUACACGAAAGGCUUGCCCACCUCACAUCGGACGAUAUGAACCCUUCCCCUGAGUUGAUGGAAGGACAGCCAUACAAUGCUCAACAGCUGGAGGAUUGUGACGCAUUCCCUGAUGAUAGCUCUCUUCUCCACCGAAUCGACGGCAACACUCAUCGAACAGUCUCACAGACCAAUCUGGGAAGUCAUCAGUGGUUGUUCAAUGCCAGAGUAUGUCGAGACCAGCCGCCGGCUCUUUGUCUCAGACACGAUGUCGAUGGAUUAUUAUGGCAACCGGAAAAUGUUGUAAAAGAACAGAUGACACCUUGGAAGCACAUAUCAACGUUUAAUGCGUUUGGUUAUGUUCAAGCCUCAAAACAACAGCGGAAAUAUACCACGUGUCCCCCUGGGAGUUUGUAUGUGGCAGUGUGCGACUGCGUGAGGCAUGUUUACGUAUACCGACAGCCAACGCCAAUUACAUCCCCAGUCAGGAAUAGAAAGACAGGGCAAAAGGUCAAUGCUGUUGCUAAGCAACAACUGGUAUCCCUGGAAAGUGUGGACAAUAUCUUGGGAAUACAGGCAACAGAUGAGAAACUCUUCAUGAUUACAAGAAACAUGGUUUAUGUUGCGAAUGUGAAUAUGUCCCCUUGAAAAAUGUGUCUGGUCAGGUGUAGAUAUUUAUUACAAACUUUCAUAUUUGUGGACAUAGUACAGUGUAACCAACUCAUGGAAGAUUAUUCUCUAUGCACAUCUGCCCUGGGGUUAUGUCAACUCUAGGUACAUAAACAGAAUUAGUGUUGUAUUGAGGAAGUUCAUAGUUGGAUGAUUGAAAAUGCCUUGCUAUGCCAGGCCUGAGCUGUCUUGGUAAAUGACAAGGGAGGUAACUUCAUCUUUGCAUGGAGUGUGUCAAUAAACAGUAGCCGAAGACAUAUAUAUAUCAAACCUGCUAAGUUCACAUCAAUGAAAUGAUGGUCAUAGGUGACCGAAAUGUAGGUCAAGUCUGCUUAUUGCAGGUCAUAUCAGUAGGUAAACUUUUCAAAGUUAUCAAAAUUAAUACAAUAGUAAUAUCACUCCUAUUUUCCUUUAAUUUACAAGUACUAGAAUGUCUUGUUUUUAGGAUUACUUUAAUCAUUUAAGAUUCAAAAGAUGAUUUUGAAAUAUUUUCAAUGAUGAGCAUCAGCUAAGCCUUGUCAAUGCAGGAGAUUCCAAAAUACUUUUAUAACAAAAUCUGUGCAUGUCACGGAGGUCAUCUGCCGGUUGACCUGCGGAAAGGCAGAUGACUUUGCGGGUAUGCAGUAUUUAAGAAAGGGUCAAAUAUAUAAAUACAGUGUACAAACAAAACAUACAGAAUAUGUGUUACAAGUUAUUUAUUGAUUUUCCGCAUUUAACUAUUCACUCAAUUAAUUGGCUAGUUAAUGAUGUGGAAACAUUCUCAGUCAUUUCAACAUCCAACAAGGAGCAGAAUGGGUAAACAUAUUACCUGUCCCCCUGACUGCCUGUAGCAUUAGAGUGCUAUUUGGCAAAAUGUCUCUAUUCUUCCGACCGCUGACUUUACUGUUUUUAGUGAUUUAUAGUCAAGACCCUGGUCAUUUACACUCUUUGCUUGUCAAAGGAAAAGGACUUUUUUUAUCGAAAGCUUGCAAAAUAAGGUGUUAAUUACUGGUUGUGUUCAAAACAAACUUAGCAAUUAUUCUCAGUCAUUGAUUUCGGAUAUCUCACAGUGUAAUUGGGACAUUAAAUGAAAAUAAUUGAUUGAACUCAAAUUUCAUAAUAA